CGCAUAUGUCCGACAGUGUUGCUAACAUGAAGCAGACGAAAAAAAGAAAAAAGAAAAGUCAUGACGACCUUCUCGGUUUUUGCGGCCUUGGUGGCCUUCGCUCUCCUCGCGCUUUCGCGCGCUGCUGUCGCCUCUGUCGCUGCCGCGGGGCCGGUCUUCUCUCGUGCCGCCUCGUUGGUUCGGACCCGUGUCGUCGUGGUCUGUCUCUCCGUCGCCGCCGUCUUCCCCCCGGCCGCCCUCGCCGCCCAGUGGAGCCCGGACCUCUGCGUCCCUCCCAAAGGCGUCGGUUCGUCUUCCGGGGGCCGCCCCUUCACCAUCCUCGGUGAAGAGGGCGCGACCGUGUCCAUGUUGCGGGUCUACCGCAACAAUGGGCGGGUCGGGUACCUUCGGGGACUCGUCGUCGGUUUCUCGGACGGUCUGGAGGUCCGCGCUGGGGUCCGGAAGGACCAGUUUUUGGACUUGGUCUUUGCCGAGGGCGAGACCAUCACGGGGGCAACCCUGUGGAAGGUCGGGAACUCGUCUUCGGUUCGCGUCGCCCGCCUCGACAUCACCACGACGCUCCGCUCGUGGGGCUUCGGGGUCGACAACACGGCCUCGUUGUCGGCGACCGCUGUGGAUGUCGGUUCGGGCGUCUUGGUCGGCUUCCAGGGCCGCGCGGGGGACGAUCUCGACCAGAUCGCCCCCAUCUUCCUCAAGCGCAUGUCGUCGUCAUACGUCGACGACAUCGUGUUCGAGGACUUUGGGCGGCAGGACGGGCUCCAGCUCGUGACCCUGCGGGAGGGCUCGGCCAUAUGGAACGGGAGCGAUUACUCCUGGACCUUCUCGGGCUCCCAGGGAGUAGAGCGGGAGACGUCGUUCGUGCUCGGGACGUCCAUGUCCCUCAACAUCGGGACGACGUUCAAGGCCACUGUCCCCUUCCUGGAGUCGGGCAUCUUGGUCGGCUGGACUGGCGGGACCACCCAGUCCUGGGGCGAGACGGUCAAACGCACCGAGUCGCUGGGAUGGUCAACGACCAUCGCGCUGUCCGAGUCCAACCCGGGCGUAUUCUGCACGGCUCGCGUCUGGGAGGGGCGCCUGAACGUCCGCUGGACUGGGCGUCAGACCAUCAUCGCCGAAGGCCGCACGUCGACGACUGCCGUGCACGGCAUGAUGAAGACGGUCGCCUACGGCAAGGUGGAGACUGUCUGCCGCCCGCUCGCCGUGCCCGCUCCGCUGUCCGCCAAAGUCGGCAAGCGAUUCGUGGCCUGA